AUGGCAGGGCCGGGCCCGGGGGACCCAGACGAGCAGUACGAUUUCCUGUUCAAACUGGUGCUGGUGGGCGACGCGAGCGUGGGCAAGACGUGCGUGGUGCAGCGCUUCAAGACCGGCGCCUUCUCGGAGCGCCAGAGCAGCACCAUCGGCGUGGACUUCACCAUGAAGACGUUGGAGAUCCAGGGCAAGCGGGUCAAGCUGCAGAUCUGGGACACUGCCGGCCAGGAGCGCUUCCGCACCAUCACCCAGAGCUACUACCGCAGCGCUAACGGGGCCAUUCUUGCUUACGACAUCACCAAGAGGAGCUCCUUUCUGUCAGUGCCUCAUUGGAUCGAGGACGUGAGGAAGUACGCUGGCUCCAAUAUCGUGCAGCUGCUGAUCGGGAACAAGUCGGACCUUGGCGAACUCCGGGAGGUCCCUCUGGCCGAAGCACAGAGCCUGGUGGAGCACUAUGACAUCCUGUGUGCCAUUGAGACGUCUGCCAAGGACUCGAGCAACGUGGAGGAGGCCUUCGUGAGGAUGGCCACAGAGCUGGUCAUGAGGCACGGGGGCCCUCUGCUCAGUGAGAAGAGCACCGACCACAUCCAGCUGGAUAGCAAGGACAUUGGAGAAAGCUGGGGCUGCGGGUGCUGA